GAGGAGUAAGCAGCGGUCUGUAAAGUGGAUAAACUGCAGUCAAUCUCUCUCCCACCAUUCAGCCUCCGCUCUGACCGAACGCUGCUGCUCAUCGGGCACAUUCCUGGAUUGACAAACGGGACAGACCUGAGUUCUGAACCGAGGACGCGUAACCUCGAACCUGUGGAGUUGUUUAUGAAGACAUUUGAGCUGUCUGCAGUCCUCGUCAACCAAAGCCAUGUUUUCCAAAGCCACCGCCAACUUCGUCCGUCAGAUUGACCCUGAAGGAAGCCUCAUCCACGUGUCCCGAGUAAAUGACUCAAAAAAACUGGUUCCCAUGGCGCUGGUCGUCAAACGCAACCGCAUCUGGUUCUGGCAGAGUCCCAAGUACCAGCCGACCGACUUCACACUCAACGACUUGUUGCAAGGCGACAAGGUGCUCGGCCCUGAUGUGUCCGAGACAGAAUUCCUGACCUACAAGGGGACGUUUCGAGACAAACUCUCUGGGAAGCUGGACACAGAGGCCGGCUCUGCCAGCGCCACCCUGGAGGCGCUGGGCUCUUCCAGGCUCCAGUCAUGUUUUGGCAAGCUGAAGAAAGAGGACCUGGAUGUGAAGAAGCUGUUACAAGACUCCAGCAGCAGGCUGGUGGACAUGCAGAAUCCGCUGGUGCAGCAGCUGGAGAAGCGAGCUGACGUGCUGGCGGUGGUGAAGGAGAGGAUCCUGACCACCAACUCCUGCUCCAUCACCCAGACCAAAAAGGAGCAGUGCAUCUUCCAGGGGAUGCUCGGGCUGCUGGGCAUGCUGGGGAACUCUGUGAAGGUGUGUGCGAAGGACAGCAACAACAUUGAGGUGGACAGCGAUGUUUCCUUGGAGAUUCCCUCCGGUACAGUCAUUGCUUACAGCAUCCUGGAACUGGAGAUUAAAAAGAAUGGCCACUAUGAUAUAUGCCUACAACCUGGCACAAUAGGAGGCAUUGAGGCCGACUCACCGGUACCCUGGCCAUCCCAUGAUUCCUUGGAUACGGUGGACGAAGGGUGCAAUGGGAAGAUGGUUCCAUUGAAAGUAGCUUUGAGUGCACUGCCAAAUGGAUCCCAGGAGAUGGACCUCUCUCCUCUGGCAGAGCUCUCCCAGGCAGCUCGCUGUGCCUUGUUCAAGAGACUCCAAGAGGCUCUGCGGGACAGAACUGCUCUGUCUUAUAUGGAGUGUUUGCUGGAAGAGUUGUGCAGUGGUGAAACACUGGAUAUAGACAAGUAUGAAGAACUGUCGGAGAGUCAGAGAAAAGCAUUGUCGGCCCUACUGGACAACCACGCCGAAGACAGCCAGUGUCAUCUCCCGGCCUGCCUCGACGCAGCUCACCUGCUGGUCAGUGCCAUGGAAGCGCUGCCUGAUCAAACUCUGAGCCUCCUGAGUGAGAGUCGUCUGGAUUUUCUGGAGGCCUUCGACACACUGAUGUGCAGGUUGAAGAAGAGCAGCGAGCCUCUCUCCAUCCAGUGUCUUCCGGUCCCGCUGCAGGACAACCAGGUCUUCCAACUGGCAGAGCAGCUGCUCAGCUCCACCAAUGUGACACUAAAGAGAGACAGCCACAGGCUGUGGGCGGAGACAGGAAAUGAAGCAGGAGCUCUCCCAUUGGUCCUCUGCCUCAGCAUCCAGGGAUUGUCCCUGCUGUGCAAAGAGCUAAAGUAGUGGUACUGUCUGCAUGAGCACUUUUGUGUGUACGUUUCCUCCAUUUCUUUCUUUAUUGUAGAGUUUAUUGAGAUAAAAUCUUUGUACUUUCAUUAUCAUUAUGAAUUUGUUCCUAUUAUUUCCUAUUUUUUUAUGCAUCAUAUACAUAGUAUAUAUAUAAAUAAAUAUAUUUUAUGUAAUGGAUUUGUAUACUUAGAUAUAGAUAUAGCUCUAACAUGGUUCAUAGAUGUGUCCCACUCAUUUAUAGGUUGUAAACCAAUAAAGAGGUUUUUAUUUGAUCAGACACCUUACAUAUAAAUCUGGUCAACAAACUAUUUGUAAACAAAUUGUUUUGUAUGAAUCCAGUUUCACUGCUUUUAUCUAUGAAUGUUCUCACUCACUCUGAAAAUGUUUAUCAACGGGCUGCGGAAAUGUUGUUAUCCACUGUCACUGUAUGUCUUAGCUCAACACAUAUUUAAGCAGUAGAUUUUAAGCUUUUCAAAUAUGUCAAAUUUGAUGCAUGCCGAUGGUACACAAAGUGAAAACAUUUAUACAUUCAUGCAGUAUGCUGAAAACUUUCUUGCACACAUAUUCCUGCUGGAAUUUUUAUUCCAAAUGCUGCAUUGUAUUGCUGCAACAGAUUUUCUAGACUAUUUUAUUUAUCAAGAAAACAAUAUAUUUAACAUUCCCUAAAAUACUGUCAUUGAAUAGAAAAAUCGACAUUAUAUUUAAAUGCAGUAUUGAUGUUUUCUUAUGUUGAUGAAGUGUACUUGUAGCGAUAAUGUUGAAUUAAGCUACCUUUGCCAUAGCCUUACGGCCACUUUCCUAUUUGUUCGUUAACAUUCUAAUUUAAUGUUGAUUGGAAAAACAUGUUUUACUUCCUACUAUAUUAAUACAUUUUGAAAUGUCUUUAGGUCUCUUUAUCGAAGUAUAUCCUUUUGUCUUACAGAAAUGGCAAAAAAAGCUUUUUAUAUUGCAUGAGAUGCAUCGCCCAAAGAUAAAGAAAUGUGUUGCAAAAUGACAAA